ACAGUAGGUAUGUAUGAUUCUGGAAGCGAUUUGUUCAACCUGCGGCGCCCAGGUGGGUCUGGUGUGACCGGAAGUGGCAGCUCAGCCACUUAUAUCCGGAUAUCCGGAAGUGUGAAUCCGGCCUUCCGCAACUUUGGCGAGCGUAGCGCCCGCGACGAGAAAGUGCUCAACUCUUGCCGGCGGCUUGGUGUGUUUGUCACGUUCAAGGGAUGGCGUAAUGAGUCUUAUGCUGUGUGAACUGAAUUCUUUGGAGUCUCAAGAAAUUACCUCUUUCUAUGACUUUCAAGAACUUCUGUAUUCUCAAGAGCAUCUAUUGAAAAUGUAUAGGUGUGUAACAUGUUUAUUUGGCAUCUGUAACUAUGGUGUGGGCACAAAUGGCUAUGUGAACGACCCCGAGAAAGGUCUGUGUAUUUGGCUGCAGAAACGAUCGAAGACCAAACAAACAUGGCCUGAGCGGUGGGAUAAUAUGCAUAAGAUGACAACAUUCUACAGAAACAAGUCAUCCAAAAUUCUAAAGGUGCGUACAGACUUUCGCUCUGCUCCGCAACCGAACGUCACUCCAGCAGAGCGAUUGAUGAUCGACCGGGGAGCAACAGUGGUUCGACCGGGGAACGCGAGAAGAUCUAACAUCUUCCGUAACGUUCAUGAUGGGUGCGUGGGUGGAGCGACUGUGGUUCGAUGGAGGAACGAGGGCGGUACGAGGGCGGGGCGUGCUCGGUGCGGGUUGGAAGCGCGGAUAUGUGUACGCAGCUCAAUAGAUUGUUCAAUCAUCAACUAAUUUCAUUCUUGAAGGUUUUU